AUGAAAAGACCUAUUUCUAUCCACCUGGCCCUUUUCAUGGCCUCGGUAGCCACCGCAGCCGAGUCUACAUGUGCCAUCGACUGCUUCCAAGGCCUCAUCACGAAUGGCCCUCCCGCGGGAUGUAAAGAGGCGACGAACUAUCUCUGCUUCUGCACUAUGCCUAUGCUGCAAGACAACUUUGUUCAAUGCACCGACAAGACUUGCGCCGACGACAAGGACGGAGCCAUGACUUGGGCAAAUGAGCUUUGCUCGAAACUUGGAAAGCCUAUUGAUCUCGGAGGCUCUGAGGGAUCUCCCAAGACUGAUGAGACUACAGCUGUCAAUGCCCCAACUACCAGCGCCAGCGGCGAGGUGAAGCCAACCACCGAGGCUGGAAAGACGACAGAUGAGGCACCGACUCCCACUACAGAGGCCAAGACAGAAUCCAAGGUUGAGGAGACUUCAAGCGACAAGACAUCUACGGUCACCUCAGAGUCAUCGGCUGGUGAAACAACAGCAACCGCAACCUCGAUCAAGACGACAGUUAGCAAGCCAAAAGAAACGACGGAAGCAUCGGGCAGCGCAGCUGAAGCAACGGCUGAUCAGACAAGCGAUGACUCUGUGGUCACGAUUACCGGAACUGCUGAUACCGCUACUGCAACUCCGUCUCCGACCGACGGUUCCAACGUCGCCAAUUCUGCAGGUCCUCACUUCUACGCUGUUGUUGGUGUUGCUGCCGCGUUUUGGCAAUUGCUGUAAAAGUAUACGGCUUGAUCAAAUUCUCUAGCAUAUUUUCACUGGUACAUAGGUGAAUAGAAGCCCUUGCGUUGAUCGCAAUUAUUUUCCCG